AAGGUUGGGUGUGUGGAAGAAGAGUGAGGAAGAUCAGUCGACCCAGUUAAGAGAAGCGAAGUCUAGAGCUUAAUUACGGAUUUACCCCCUCAACGUGUAACAAUUUACAAGAACACCCUUGACUCCUUCCAGUCACUUCCGGAUGCUUCUUCCGAUUUCCUUUAUGGCCUUUUCUCAUUAUCCAAUCAGAGAAUAAAACUUUCAAGUUUGUGAUUGUAGGGUUUCUUCUUCGGAGGUGAGAGCGAAAGAGAGAGAGAUGUCGUAUCUUCUGCCUCACUUGCACUCGGGAUGGGCUGUCGAUCAGGCUAUCCUCGCCGAGGAGGAACGACUCGUCAUCAUUCGAUUCGGCCAUGACUGGGACGAAACUUGCAUGCAGAUGGAUGAGGUGUUGGCUAACGUUGCAGAGACGAUAAAGAAUUUUGCUGUUAUCUACUUGGUGGACAUCACAGAAGUGCCUGAUUUCAAUACUAUGUAUGAGCUUUACGAUCCCUCAACAAUCAUGUUUUUCUUCCGCAACAAGCAUAUCAUGAUUGAUCUUGGCACUGGAAACAAUAACAAGAUCAACUGGGCUCUAAAGGACAAGCAGGAGUUCAUCGACAUUGUUGAGACUGUUUAUCGUGGAGCCCGAAAGGGUCGUGGUCUGGUGAUUGCACCCAAAGACUACUCAACGAAAUACCGUUACUGAGCCCUGUGGUACUUCUGUAUUGUUUAUCCAUUCCGACUAUAAGGAUGUACCUGUAGGAAAUUUACUCUUUGAAACUCAAACUUCAGUAUAUAUCUCCGUCAGGAUGGAACACUGAAGACAUAAGCAUAUGGCUUCAUAAUGCAUUGUAUUUGAUACCGAGUACUAAAUACCUAGUUGGAACCAUUAAGCACUUCUUUUUUUAUUUAUUCAAUUUUCAUGGAGAGGAUUUCUCA